AUGAGCCCUUGUCCUUUCGGCGAAUUGGGAGAUGAUCUCUUGCUAGGAGUUGUUAGUCGUCUCCGGGACUACAUAUCCGCUUGCCGAUGCAAAUCCGUGUGUAAGCGGUGGAACUCGAUUAUCUCCGAUCCCUACUUCUCUCACCGAUUCGUCGCUCACAACAAGGGCCGAUCCGCCGGCGACGAAGAAUUACCACCCCUUGUGACUCCCGACGACAUCCGGAGAUGGAUCUUGAGCUUCCUGCCAGUGCCCACUCCAAUCCAGUUCUGCCUCUCCGUUUUUGACUGCUUCAGGGACUUGCUCUUGCUCUCGUUUGCGCCCCUGAUGGACUACCACAAACUGGUCCGAACGUUCCUGGUCUGCAAUCCGUUUACAAAGCAAUGGGUUGCCCUUCCUUUAGCGCCUCCAAGGCCGAUCGGUGGCCGUGUAUCGAUUGCGAGGCUGGUGUGCCGUCCCUCUAGUUCCGUCGUUACUUUGGAUGCAGGGGACGUUAGCAAGCCAGCAUUGACGCAUCACUUUGAAUAUGAAUUUCGGGUGGUGCGGAUGUCCAGAUUCAAAUCAUCAGUUUCAGAGCUAGAUGUGUUCUGUUCCAAAUCCGGGGAGUGGACCAUGGUGGCUCUUGAUCUUGGCGGCCGAUUAACACCACGAUGGGGUCUCGCCAACACUGUUGUUUCGCUGAACGGGAAGUUGUAUUGGAUGAACACCGGAAGCCAAGUUAUUAGGUGGAACCCUUUCUCACUGGAAGUAGAAGAAGAAGAAGAUCAUGAUGCACUUCGAAUCCCUCGAGGAGUUUCGGACUCCGAGAUUGAGUUCUGCCUCUGCGUCUCACAGGGUGACUUGUGCCUGUUUUUCAUAGAUGGCGUGACAUUUGAGAGUCCAAGAGAUGUCCUGAGUGUUUGGAGACAAGGUUAUGGCAGACGAGGCUGGAGGAGAUAUCAUCAGGUGGCGUUGAACAAGUUAAUGUCUAGGAUUGUUUACGACCAACAUGGUCGCGAAAUUAGACGUUUCGAGUUGGAGUUUUCGAAUGUAGUCGGCCAGCAUCCCGAAAAGUCAGAAAUUGUGUUGGUGGAAUUUUUGUAUCCUAAUGGCCAGAUCGGUGUCUACUCCUGCAACUUGAGGACAAAGGAGCUCAAGUUCUUGUUCGAACAGAAGGAUUAUUUCCAGGGUCACAUGGUGUUUCAGCCUAAGGUAUCUCUCUGGCCUACUCAGUUUUCAAACUACGAAAAAUUGCGAGGCUGCUACGAUGGAAGCUACAGUGGCUGGGUUCAAUCAAGCAACCAGUCAACCUCAUGA